AUGGUCUCUACUCAUAUGAAAGCUGUUGUGAAGACAGGCGUAGGGAAAGUUGCUCUCAAAACCACAGAGAUCCCAAAACCUGGUCGAGGUCAAGUUCUCGUGCAGAUCUACGCAGCCGCGCAGAAUCCGUCUGAUUGCAUCGUUAUCGCGGGCCACGAUUUUGCUGGGGUCAUUCAGCAAUUAGGACUAGAUGUACCCUCUGAGUCCAGACAGAUUGGACAAAGGGUCGCAGGAUUUUUGAAUGGAUGUACCUCACCGGAAAAUGGGGGCACCUUCGCGGAAUAUUGUGUAGCGGACGCCAUGCUGCUCGUGGAUAUCCCAGACGAUAUGAGUUUUGAAUCGGCUUCGACACUUGGUCUGGCUGCAUUUACUGCAUGUCAAGUACUAUGGCAGUUCCAGAAGCUUCCUACUCCAGUAGAUGUCGCAAAAGACCCCUUUCCAAUUUUGGUGUGGGGUGGGGCCUCAGCGGUAGGUCAGUUUGUCAUUCAGCUCGCCAAGAAAUCUGGGCUACAAGUAAUCACGACCGCUUCACCCCAAAACCACGAAUUGCUCAGGAAGCUCGGCGCAGAUACUGUUUUUAAUUACAGAGACCCUAAAGUUAUCUCCAAUAUCAAGACAUUCUGUGGGGACAAGCAACUCCGCGUCGCUAUUGAUUGCGUUUCUGUUGAUGAGUCUGUAUCACUUGUCACGCAAUGCAUCGAAGAUUGCGAAGACUCCUACAUUGCAUUGGUGCUCCCUGUAGAGGUGAAAACAAAAUACAUCAGGUCAGAAUUCACGUAUGCUUACACGCUCCUGGGAAAGCCAAUCGAGGGAAAAUACGCCUACCCGGCUAUUCCUGAACAUUUUGAGUUUGGAAAAUGGUGUGCGGCUUUGCUGAGCCGCCUCACAAAGAACAAUACGCUCAGCGUCACGCCGAUUCGAGUGGUCCCGAAUGGACUCGCAGAUGCACAGUACUGGAUCGAUUAUCAGGAGGAGGGAAAGGUUCGUGCGCAAAAGAUCGUGUAUUGUACAAGUUCUUCGUGAUACUUCGUGUGUGCGUUCAGAGCAUACAUAGUCACAAUGUGUUUGUAGCUUUGUACCACCUACUACCCACAACACUGAACCAGCAUUGAUUUAUAUGACUCUGAUACACGCACUUCAACUGCCUGUGGUUCGGAACUUCAGUGUCGGGUUA